AUGUUGUCGGAAGAAGAGGUUCACUCAAAUUCUUAUGCUGAUCGUACUGGAGCUGUAAUCGAUCGACAAACUUUUUUUGGCGACGAUUGUGACGAGAUCAAUUUGGGAAACGAAGACACCCCACCGUCAAAACUUCGGCUCAAUACUUCGACCGGCACUGAGAAUACCUCGCCGGCUGUUAUUAACAGUAUCGAGGACCACGAUCAAUAUCAUGACAACCACAACGACCACUAUGCUCAAAUCUCGCCUGAGCCUGUGCCAAUUAAGUUCAAUAUCAUCAUUCGUGAAUUCGAGAAGCGUGGUGACGGAAUGAACGCUUAUAUCGUUUAUAAGCUUCAGACUGAGGUUAGCGGCGUCGUUGGUUACGCCAAAACUUAUUACGAGACGUGGCGUAGAUUUUCUGAUUUUCUUGGUCUUCAUGGAAAAAUUGUCGAAAAGUAUCUCUCCAAGGGAAUCGUCAUCCCGCAGCCACCAGAGAAAAGCAUAUCGGCUCUCACCAAAACAAAGACAAACUCGGACCCGGCCAUGAGUCGAGAAGUUGGAAUUCAACGUGCACGUCAUUUGGAACGCUACGUCAGUCGCUUGGUUCAGCACCCACGCAUGCGAAACGACUGUGAUCUUCGCGACUUUCUCACAAUUGACUCAGAUCUUCCAAAAGCAGUGCAAACCGCUGCGUUGUCAAGCUUCGGAGUGAAGAAAAUUUUCAAGAACUUCCAAGUUGUCUUCUCCAAGAUGGCUUUCCACAUGGAGGAAGGAGAUCGUUGGUUCGAACAAGUCCAGUCACAAAUCGACGAACUCGAUGAAGCCCUUCGCAAGUUGUACACUGUGACCGAGUCGUUGGUGGCUUCUCGUAGAGAAAUGGCAACAAGUGGAGAGCUGUUAGGGAAAGCUCUUUCUAUGCUCGCUGCUUGCGAAGAAUCGACGUCCCUCUCUCGUGCUCUGUCUGCAUUGACUGACGUGACGGAGAGCGUUUCGAAUGCAUGGGGAAAGCAAGCCGAAAUUGACAACGCAAAGUUUUCUGAAGCCAUUUACGAGUACAUCAUGCUCAUUUCGGCAUUGAAAGACGUUUUUGGAGAGCGUGUUCGCGCGUGGCAACAGUGGCAAGACGCUCAACAGACAUUAUCUCGUAAACGCGACCAGAAGACCAAAAUUGACUUAGCGGCUGGUGGACGCAACGAGAAAUCAGACCAGCUAAAAGCGGAAAUUGAAGAAACUGUUCUCAGAAUUGACCAACUUGAACAACAUUUCGGAGAACUCAGCAAGGCUAUUCGGGAGGAAGUCGCUCGUUUUGACACUGACCGUAAAACCGACAUGAAGAAAAUUUUGAUCGAUUAUAUGGAGAGUAUGAUUCAUACUCAUACUGAGAUGCUUCAACUCUGGGAGAAAUUUGAGCCACAAGCUCAUAACAUCCAACUUUGA